AUGCCCACGUUAGACGGAGAAAAGGACGCAACCCAAAGCCAGAUCUUCGGCUCGCCUCAUCUUGCACACACCACUUCUCGAGGUGUAGGCGAUUGUGAGACUGCUGAGGUAGUCAGCGUCCUUCAAACUGAGACCAAGAGAAACAUCGAAUCUCGUCAUGCUCAAAUGCUUGCACUUGGUGGAACCAUUGGAACCGCCCUCUUUGUCGGCACCGGCCAGGCUCUUGCCGUCUCAGGCCCGGCGAACCUCUUCUUAGCAUAUAGUAUUAUAUGCUUCUUUGUCUAUGGCAUCGUCCUGGGCGUUGCUGAAGUUGCUGCGUAUCUGCCUCUCCCAGGUUCUUCCAUGUCGUUUCACGCUACACGAUACGUGUCCCAAAGUCUUGGCUUCGCGAUGGGGUGGCUGUACUGGUAUUCAUUCGGUAUUUUGAUAGCGUACGAAAUCACAGCAGCAGCUCUCGUCAUUCAAUACUGGAACAACCCUGUGCCCAUAGUCGUAUGGAUCACAAUCAUGAUGGUGGUCAUUGUUCUGUUAAACACAGCACCAGUACGAAUCUACGCGGAGACGGAGUUUUGGUUUGCCUCAAUCAAAGUCAUCAUGAUCAUCGGACUACUCAUUUUAGCCGUAGUCCUUUGUCUUGGCGGCGGUCCCAAUGGCGACCGAAUUGGGUUUUCAUACUGGAACGAACCACGCCCGAUGAACGAUUAUCUCGUCGAUGGAGCGAAGGGCAGAUUUUGUGCCUUUAUAUACGCUCUAGUCUUUUCCUCCUUCGCCUUCAGCUUUGGGCCAGAAUUAGUAGCUGUGACCGGCGGGGAGAUGAGAAAACCUAGGACGAAUAUGCCUAUCGCUGCGAAGAAUUUUGCGUGGAGAUUGCUGGCCUUCUAUGCCCUUGGCUCUCUAGCCAUCAGCGUUAUUUGCCGCAGCGAUGCUGAAGGUUUGACGGACGGUGGUUACGGCGCCUCAGCAUCGCCUUGGGUCAUCGCUAUCAAAGAGGCUGGCAUCCCGAUACUCGACUCAAUCAUCAAUGCCGGCAUUAUCGUAUCAGCUUGGUCAUCGGGAAACUCUUUCCUGUACAUGUCAAGUCGGUCGCUCUAUUCGUUGGCCAAGACGGGAAACGCUCCAGCUGUUUUUGCACGGUGCAACCGCUGGGGAGUUCCAAUAUAUGCUGUGCUGGUAAGCGCCCUGUUCGCGCCACUCGCAUACCUUAAUGUCGGAAAUUCAACCAGUGAAGUUUUUAACUGGUUUGUUAACUUGACGAAUACUGCCGGCUUCAAUUCAUGGAUCUGCUGUUGUAUCAUUCUUAUCAGAUUUCGCAAGGCCUGUGUCGCUCAGGGUGUGGAAAAUCUUCCCUACACGUCACCGUUUCAGCCAUACGUGGCAUGGACCUGCAUGGUAUUCUUCACUAUGCUGCUUUGUUUGAACGGAUUCAGCGUGUUUUUCCCUAAUCAGUGGUCGGCAACCUCUUUUCUCACAGCUUAUAUUGGUGCUCCUAUUUUCUUGGUGAUAUAUUUUGGCCACCGGAUAUUCCACUGGAACGAUGCCUGGGUCAUUGAUCCUCUACAGGUCGACUUAUAUACAGACUUGGACGCUUUCAAAGAAAAUGAGACUGAUGUCGAACUUGUGCAAGGGAAAAAAGGCUUUCAUUACAGAAUCGUCAGACUUGUCAGACAUUUGUGGGAAUAA